CUUCUUCCACCGUACCCACCUGAACUCUCAACACCCCUUCCCACACCUACCUCCCGACCUAUAAUUCUACUUUAAGGAUCACAACAAUGUCCUCCCAACCCCUCCUCCAAUCCGCGCCAGGCAAGCGUAUCGCUCUCCCAACCCGCGUUGAACCAAAGGUCUUCUUUGCCAACGAACGAACCUUCCUCUCCUGGCUCAACUUCACCGUAAUCCUUGGCGGCCUGGCUGUAGGCCUGCUCAACUUUGGCGAUAAGGUAGGCCGCAUAUCCGCUAGCCUGUUCACGUUCGUGGCGAUGGGCACGAUGCUAUACGCCCUCGUCACGUUCCACUGGCGCGCUGCAGCGAUCCGGAAGAGGGGGCAAGGGAGCUUCGAUGAUCGGUUUGGCCCAACAGUUUUGGCACUCACUUUGUUCGCGGCUGUCAUUGUUAACUUUGUGUUGAGGGUGUUCACUUAAUUGCUGGGUUGGCGCUUGGUUUGUUUGUUUGGUUCGUUUUUAGUUGAGUCAUGUCGUAUGGUGCUUGUUACCCUUUUGAUUGAUUGAUUGAUUGAUUGAUUGAUUGAUUGAACGGUACUGGAUAAUUCCUGAAAUUGACGAGCGUGUUGAAGGGCUAGGGAAAGUUGUAUGUACUCAUACAAAUACAUGGAUGGGUUGACCUUUUUUCCUUUUCUAUAUAA